UGUAUAAUUACUGAAGUCGAGCAAUGUAAGACAGUCUGUGAACAACAAAUUGACGUAUAAAUUUAUUAAACGUAAAAGUAGCCAACUUUUAAAGUGUUACAAUGUCUUACGAAGUGAAGAAUUGUAAGAAGGAAUCGUAAAGCAGUAACAAGGUUUCGACAAUGUAAUGAUUGAAGAAGCCAGCAUUAUGUGACUCGUUGUUUUAAAUUAAAUGAAGAAUAUUUGAUCAAUAUUGACGCAAAGUGACCAACUAUGUUUCAUUUUUUACUUGCUAUUGUCGGUGUUAUUUCUACAGCUAUCAAUUCGCAAUUGGUAUCUGUUACGACAUCGAAACACAGUCACCAACAUUCAUCUAUUACAACAGAUGGAUUGCUUCAAUUGAGUGGAAAAAAAGACGAAGAAAUGGACUGUUUUGUUUCAAGAUACUGUGAACAUAGAAUAGCAGUUGAAACAACUCUCUGCAACGUUUCUGAUUACAUGGUUACAAGUGGAAAUGAUCGAUCUAUUCCAAAAUGGCUUUCACUUCAUAAGAAAACAGGAACACUCAAAGGCAUCCCACUGAAUGAGAAACAAACUCAAACAAUUUUGAUUAUUGUUCUUCGUCGACAACAAGAUGAGCCUUUGAGCAAUUUUUGUGGAUUAUUUAGUGUGAAAAUUCGAGUGUGGAAAUUAAAACACUUCUCUCUUUUUGCAUCCCACCUUCCAAUUGCUGAAGUUCUCAAUGAAAAAUUAUCGAAAUCGAGUGAACAACGAGUCGACCGUUUGUGUCAAUAUGGCGGGCCAAUGAUUUUUGCCUCAUUGGUUGUGACAGGUAUUCUUCAAGAUGUAAAAGAAAGAGUUAACAUUGAUAUUCUUGGAAAGCUUCUUGAAAGUUACAGUCUUUCAAAAUAUGAUAUAUUUCUGUUUUCCGGUUCUCAUGAUCUGUCAUCAUUACUGCGAACAUCUCAGGUUAUUGCUUCGGGACCCGGGGCCCACAGACCUGCUUCUGGUGUAAUGGCGACGAUUACGUGGCAUGUUAAGUGCGGUGUGAUAUCACAAAGGGAUUCUCUUUUUCAAACCUUGCAAGCACUUGCAGAUAAACCAGUUAUUAUAAACAAUGUAAGAUAUGCCGCUGUCGGUUGGCAUGUUCUUGCUGGGUUUCAAAAAAUGUUACUAAGACGUCGAAGGAAUGUUAUAGGAACUCCUACACCAGCAUAUUCGUCAAUGCCAGAAACAAAGUCACAUGUUUUAACAACGACAAUAAGACGAUCAUUAUCGAGAAUAAUAAACAGAACACUAUCUAUGACUUGGUCUCGUCCUUUUCCAUCAUUUUCCUCAAUUUAUCCAAUAUUUUCUUCACAUACACACAUUUCAAUUAGAAGAUCAGUAACGGAUAGUCCAGCAUUUAGUAUGCCCUCAAGUAAGACAAGUAAGAAUUUAUCUAUAAUUGGAUCAAUGUCGUUCAAGAUGGAUUCACAUUCAAUAGAUUAUUCAACAGUCAGUCCCUCUCAAUCAUUUUUCUCUUCUUCUAAGUCAAUUAAGUCACCAAUGGAAGUUUUGACAGUUUUAUCAACGUCUGCCAGCGAUAUUGUAAAGCAAACGAGGGAACGUUCACGUACAAGUUUUUUGGCAACAAAGAUUUUACCUUCAAGUGUUUCUAGUAUCAAAAGUUUUUCAAGAAAUCUAUCUCGUUUUGAUCUCAGGAAUGUUACCUUGUCAUCUUCAAGUGAAGCAACACAACACAGAUAUGAGAGAACAAUGCCAAUUCUUUCGAUAGGCGCGAGUUCGUCUUCAGCAACUUCGCCUCUAUUGACAUUAGUUUCUUUGAAGGAAUCGAGUCAAAUUGCUUCAUUUUCACAAUUUAAAGCAUUGACUUUAAGUGAGUCCAAAACUGAGUCAUUUAGAAAGUCAUUUAGGACAAUAGCUUCACAAACUACGUUAUUGUUGAAAACAACACUGAGACCAGAUAAAACAAAAAGUAUGUCAUUACAAUCUUCUCAGCAUCUGUCGCAAACCUCACCAAUCGAAAAGAUAACUUUGUCAAAAUUGAAAAGCUCUGUUAAUUAUGUAUCUCAGCAAUUGUCACCAUUUGAUGUAUCUUCUGAAAUUUUGUCAAAUCAGAAAAUGUCUCCAACAGCAGUGAAAAGAUUACAUACACUAUCGUCGUCAACGAAAGAUAAAUCUCCAGUAGACUCACUUAUGACAUCAUCCACAGUUCCUGCAAAAAGCCAUUUAAGUACUUCAGGCAAACUGGUAAAAGCAACUUCAAAACCAAUCACAGUAAUUCAAGCUAAUCAGACUUCGGAUAAAUCAGAAGCUAUAUUUAUGUCAUCUACUUUGGUAAUUUUGCCUACGACAAAAAGCACUUCAAGCCAAUUUGAAGCAAGAAAAAGUACUUUCCACCCUCCUACAUCCUCUUUAAACACAACUAGCAUUACGUUAAUAGAAACUCAUGGUGAAUCAGCUUCUGCUCAAGUUCCAGUUAUCAGUGUGAAAGCAUCGACUUUUCUUCAACGAGCAGAAUCUUCAGUGCAAACAACGCAAAGUUUAUUCAUAACGAUCGCAUCUCCAUUUAAUAUCACCGGAAGCAGAAAUAUUGAAACUCUCUCAAAGUAUGAAAAUCCAAAAACAAAAACUAUGGAAAUAUUUCCAUCGAAAACAAGUUCUCCAACAUUGCAUAUUUUACAGCUCCGUUUUCCAUAUCAUACAGUCGUGCAAGUAAGGACAGUUCUCUUCUGUGGUCGGAAUCGCUCAUAUCUUGAAUUUACCAAAACGUAUCAAUCGGCAAAUUAUAGCACAUUGUCUCACGAUGACUUCACAUCAAAAUCUUUCUUGAUGUCAUCAUACACAGUUGGAUCUACUUCAUCCUUUCCAAAUUCUAUCACCAAAAGCAUUUCCACAGGCAAACUGUUUUCCUUACCUUCUCACGUAGAAAUGUCUUCUGAAGCUCAACUUUUUUUUUCCAUUACCGACUUAUAUUGCAGAACAUGUUUUAAUCCAACUUACUCAAAUAAAAAACGCAGCUCCACACUAUUUUCUUCAUUAUAUUUUGCUGCUCAACGAUCAUUCACAACCACGCUACCUUUCUCACAAGGCAAUUCACAGGGCACCUCCUUCUAUGCAAAGAGUUUUUUGAAUUCAAAGCAAUUAUCAAGCCAAACAUCUCAUCCAAUUUCAUCUUCAUUAUUUUCUUCUUUGCUCAGUUCACGCAGAGCACAAAGUUUAUCUCUUGUUUCCUCGUCAACAGCUUCCUAUCAGCUUUUACCUUCUGAUGUCACAGUAAUGGUGAAAGCAACAAGUGUUGCGACUGCAUCAAAUACGAAGACUCCUUCACUAAGAUCAUUGUCCAUUGAAAAAGAAACAGAAAAAGUUAUGAUGUCGUCAACAGAAAUCGACCGAUUCUCAACCAACAGUUAUUUAAGCACAACAGCCAUUAUUAACACAAAUACAUCAUCAAGAAAAGGAUUUCCAGUCAUAUACAAUAAUUUUGACUUGCUUCAGGUAACUGUGGGUAGAAUAUUUCAUAUUCAAGUACCGUUAGACACAUUUCAUGAUGAAGAAGAUGGCAAUACCCGUCAUUUGAAACUUGGAUGUUUAUCAAUAACUUCAGAUAGACUGUCUAGUGACUCGUGGUUACAAUUCAAUUCAACUAGUCAACAAUUUUAUGGACUGGUUUUAUAUGGCGAACUUCGGACAAUAGCAAAGGAGUUUUUUUUAACAGCAACAGAUAAAGACGGCAAUACUGUCAACGAUGCAUUUACUGUAAGACUACACGAAGCAACAAAUCCUGUGCCGGCAAUUUUUUCCUUGCAACUGACUGACGUAUCCUUUGAAAACUUUAACAAAGAUAUACACAAUAAGUUGGCCUUGGUGCAGAGUAUAGCUGGUUACUAUGGUGAUCAUGACGAAUCAAUGAUUCAAGUUCAAUACGUAGUUAAAGGAUCAGUGAUUUUUGGUUGGAGUAAUAUUAGCUUGGUGAACUGUGACGAAGCUUCUAUUUUGAAUGUGACUAGGAAAAUUAUCAUGCAAGAUGGCGAGGUUCAACCAGAUUUUAAAGAAAAUCUAAAACCAAAAUUCACAAUAGAAAAUGCUUUUGUAAACCUAACAAAUCUUUGUACACUUCAUUCAACGAAAAAGCCAAUAAUCGCGGACGUUUAUGCACAGAAUAAUUCACAAUGGAUGACAUUUGUUUUUCCAGCUAUUGCGGUAACUAUCAUCUUAAUAACAAUAUUUUUAGUAAUUGUAUUCUUAAGACGACGUUCCGGAAUGAAAUUAUUAAAAGAAGAUGAAAAAACAUUUAGAAGACGUAAACCUAUUAUUCUUGAUGGCGAACAAGAAAUGUCAACAUUAUCAGGCAAACCAAUUCAGCUACCAGAUGACUCGCCAUCAUUCAAUCGUAUAGCAGGCAGAAAUUCCUUAGUGAUGGAAGACUUAAAUGAGGAUGAUAACAUGGAUGGACCAUCACCAAUAAUAUAUAGUCUUUCCUAUAAAGAAAUACCACCAAGCUACCUUGAUGAAAGAUCUAAACAACCACCACCUCCUUAUAAGCAACCACCCAUAUAUUAAGUAAAACAAUGUCGUUGGUACUCCGCAUUACGUCACUGUAUGGUCUAAUGGUCAACAAAUAACAGAUUCAUGACGCUACCUCUGGAUAGAGAUGAAACCUACCAUGAAACUGUGACCAAAAAAAUAAGAUCAAAGUAAUGAGGAAGCAACAAAGUAGAAGAACGUGAGAGGGAUUUAGCAGUCUUUGCUAAAAGUGCAUAUAUUAUUGUCAUAAAAAUUCCGUUUGAUAUACAUUCAUAUUAGCAAAUAUACAAAUUUACAAAUCA